CCCCCCCCCCCCAAAAAAAAGAAAGAAAAGAAAAACAGGGAUUAUCUCCCUCAUAUAAAAUCCAGCUCCGUCCUUUUAAAGACUUUGUAGCUACUCUCAAAAUGAUCCGCUUCACUUUUGUUUAUUUGCUUUCACCCUGAAACACUGAUGUUCAACAAGGUGGAGUGAAGAGAUUAAAAAGAAUAAAACAUUUUUAGAAGGUGGAAAACAACCACGACCGGAAUAACUCAUUUAUCUCAUUCUACAAAGUAAAAAUGAAUCAACGACACAACUGCUUGAGCAAAGGAAAUAAACCAAAAUGAAAAAAGACAAAACACGCUGCCUGGACGAAAAGUCAUAAGCAUGAACAUAUUAUCAUAUCAAAUAUGGUCUAUCAUCUUUCAAAAAUCGAAUGUAAAAUUAUCUUUUUGUAUUUAUUUAUUUUUUACGACAAAUUAAGUUGGCUAAACAGAGUAAUGUCCCCGUGUCUUCUCUGUCUGAGUCACUAACAUCGUAAAGAUUCGCUCCUCGCCGCCGCCGGGUCCAUGUCCCACUUUUAAUACACUCAGCAGCUCAUAAUGUAAAUGUAUAUUCUUUGUCAUAUGUGGAAACAAUGAUUUCCACGCCGGGAGACGCAUCAUUAACAGCAGCUAAAAGAUCUUAAUAGAGUGUGGCUGGCGUGGUGCAUUCAGGGUCUCCUCAGACAGACCCUGUCUGUAAGAUUCUUGGAUCCACAUUCAAUUGAUUUUAGCAUGAUUUUGUUUGUUCUGUAUUGCUCACAUGGUACAGAACAUUUUGAGAAAUUCUCUCUGAUUUUCAUGAAUUGAAGUAAAAAAGAAAACAUUUUUUAGAUUUAUUUAAAGUAAAAAAAAAACUUUUUCUAUGAAGCAUAGGCCCAUAUAAAUCCAACUAUCCUAUUUACCAUGUUAGCUUAUUUUCUCCUGGCGUUGACUCGGUACAUAACGUAUCUUUCAGACGACGAAACAUCAUCCGUCAUUAAUAAAUCCAGUCGGUCAUUGAAGCACUAACAACGGCUCACUCAUUCUGCAGCUCACCAAAAAAAAAAAAAAAAAAAGUUCCCCUUUCCGACGGCGCGUGAAGGCAGCCGCAGUUCCAGCGGAGACCGCACGUGUGAAGCGGCGGAGUUUCCCUCUCGGCCAAUCGCGGCGCUGUCACACUCGGGCCCCGUCCAAUGGGAAUGGCGCGCGUUCAGGUGGCCGCGCUGUUAUCAGCUGGUCGCGCUUCACUCUGGAGCUGAGAGCGAGUCAAUUGAUGGCGAGAGCCGCCGAGACCCUUAAUGGUUCCCAUCAAAGCCACUGAGAGCAUCACCACGGCGGACCCACUUCCGCGAGGAUCCCUGUGGCGGACGCGCGCAGCCGCCUCCCAGCUGACAGAGCUCCGACCAAAACAAACACGAGGAAAGACAGUUUUCGCGGGAGUUUGACGGAAGCGCUUCGCCUCCCGAGAGAAAAGAACUUGGGGUGUUUUGGCUCCAAGUCUUGGUCCUCCUCCAGCCGGGAUACUUCGCGAGAGGACGGACAUCGAGCGGCUCCUGAACACCACAGUCCCGCUCUGCGCCCUUUGACUUUCUCCUUGUUUUUCCCUUCCCCGUUUUUUUUUUUUCUUCCCAAGUGAGUUUGGUGUUUCAUGUUCACAAAUGUUAGCGGUCGGGCAGAUGGAGGCUAACCGGCAGAGUGCUUUCGUCCUGGGCAGCACCCCGCUGGCGGCGCUGCACAACAUGACCGAGAUGAAGACGUCCCUGUUCCCGUACGCGCUGCAGCAGAACCCGGCGGGCUUCAAGGCGCCGUCGUUCUCCAACCUGAACUCCCACCUCGCCGGGGGCACCCCGCACGGAAUAAGCGACAUCCUGGGGAGACCCAUCACCACGGCCGGGCAGCUGCUGUCCGGCUUCCCCAGGAUAAACGGCCUGGCCACCACCGCAGCCGCCGCCGCGGCGGGGAUGUACUUCAGCCCGGCGGUGUCGCGGUACCCGAAGCCCCUGGCCGAGCUGCCGGGCAGGGCGCCCAUUUUCUGGCCCGGGGUGAUGCAGGGAUCCCCGUGGAGGGACCCGCGGCUUCACUGUCCCACUCAGGGGAACAUCAUGCUGGACAAGGACGGAAAGAAGAAACACUCCAGACCCACGUUUUCUGGACAGCAGAUCUUCGCGCUGGAAAAGACCUUCGAGCAGACCAAGUACCUGGCCGGGCCGGAGAGAGCGCGCCUGGCCUACUCCCUAGGCAUGACCGAGAGCCAAGUGAAGGUUUGGUUCCAGAACAGAAGAACCAAAUGGCGGAAGAGACACGCGGCGGAAAUGGCCACGGCCAAGAAGAAGCACGACUCCGAGACGGAGAAGAUGAAGGAGAGCUCGGACAACGAGGAGGACGACGAGUACAACAAGCCGCUGGACCCGAACUCGGACGACGAGAAAAUCACGAGACUGUUGAAAAAGCACAAGGCCACCAACCUGGCGCUGAUCAGCCCGUGCAGCAACAGCUCGGACACGUUGUGAUGGUGCCCUCAGCUGCUGAGGGGGUGGGGUGGGGGGGGCAACGUGGUGGGGGAGGGGGGGGAGGGUCCAGCAGAGACUCGUCGCACUCUUUCGGACCCCCUUUCCACCUGACGUGACGAACAUGCGUCUGAGAGGGGAUCGAGUUUUGAAAAAACAAAACAACCAAGCGUGCGCAAAGACGCGCUGAGGACGCGUUGGCUGCAUCCAAACCCACUUUUCUCACACACACACACACACACACACACACACACACACACACACACACACUGCACUGCCAGCUGACUGACCAUGACGAGUUCACGUCAGUCGGAAAAAAGGACACAGAUAUCGGACUGUACUCGGCAGUGAGUGUCUCUCUCUCUCACACACGCACACACACACACACACACACACACACACACACAACAAGUGGAGUUUUAACAACAUGGUGUAAAUGUAAAAAAACAAAACACGAACGUACGAUCCGGAUCAGUGUUGGAUUUUAUUUAGCGUGACUUCGUUACUUCGGCACUUCUUGCUGCUUUACCGUUUCUCCUGCAAGUGCAACUAAUGACAUUUGUUACAUUAUCGUUAUCUGUAUUUUUUGACUUGACCCCACGUCAGGCACCUUGAGGUCAGCGAGGCCUCCGCUCUCGUCCCCGAACCCCACGUUUGAUGGCUGAUGAUGUAAUUGUCAGUUCUGCUAUUAGUUAUCUAAUUUUUCAUCUGAAGACAAAUGAUAUUGUCAUAUUUUUUUUUUGUUGUUGUUUAAACAAAAAGCAACAUGGUUUUUCUCCACGCAGUCUUAUGGGAGGAGGUCUUGAAGCUGAUGAGAAUCCAACACUGGUCCGGGUCCCGGACGCAUGUGGUCGAGGUGCAGGUGUGAACGGGGCCUGCGAUGCUUGUAAAGCUCAGUCUAACCAGGGUAUCCACUGUCCUCAGAAGGUUUCGAUGGUGGGGGGGCGCAGGUUGGAGAUGAAUGAAUGCUUUAGUGCUGUAGCCUAAAGGAUUGAGAAAAAAAAAAUGUACGUGAGAUUGUGUGUAUAUAUAUUUUUUACUGAAAUAAGUUAUGUUGUUUCCGCGAGUGGAAACGUGGCCGCCUUUCUUUCUUUUUUUCCUUCUUCUUCCCUCCGCAGCCCUGACGCGCUUAUUCCCUCCCAGAUAUUCCCGCUGCUUGGUUUUUAUCCCUGCAGAGCAAAGUCGUGCCCCCCCCCCCCCCCCCCCCCACUUUCCUCUAACCUGCUCAAAUCCUCCGUUCAGCAACCGGCACACAAAUGUAUAAGCGCAACAAAAAUGCUGUAAAUAAUAAUCACUGUAAAGGAAGAAAAAAAAAACACCCGCUUGUUUUCACGACGUCACACCAGAUACACACUUUUCUGUUCUUCUUCUUUUUUUGUUUCAAUUUGAAAGAGUUUUAUGUUUUUACCUCAUCACCACACAGCGGAAGAGACAAACUGGACUUAUGUUGGAAAUUAAAGAGUAUUAUUGCUUCCGGGAAGGUUAUAGGAAGAAAAGAAAAGAAAAAAACACUUUGUAUUAUGAAUAAAUUAUUUAACAAGCA